AUGCGAUUAGAGCUUUUGAAGAAGUUGAAAGAGAUUGUAUAUCCGGGAAGCACUUUUCUUGUUGAGCCGGAGGUGAAGCCCAAAACACGUCCUCGGGAUCAUAAGAAGAUCAAUGUUUCUACCCGUCGUGACCCAUGUGCAUUUGAGUUAGUGCAAUCUGGACAUGAUUCCUUCUCACCUAGGGACACUCAAAUCACUACAUUAGCUUCUACUCUGCAAACCAAGAAGAAGCGACCUGUUAAGGGAAAGGAGAAGGUGAACCCGAAAGGGAAGGCAUACAUUACUAGAACAGUGAAACCUGGUGCAUAUGUUGAUGCUUUCCCUGCUGGGUUGAAACCAUACAUUAAGUUUGUCAAGGAUGUAGCUAGUACGCUUAUCUGUUAUGUAAUGGGAGCUGCUUCAAUUGGUCAUGCAGAAGAUGAUUGGGCUCAGGUUAGGCAUGAUCUGUUGGGUGAGCUGCACACACACAAAGAGGAAUACAUUACACUUUAUGGGUCCUACGAAAGGUUUCAAGAAUUGACAAGCAUAUUGUCAUACUUUGAAGACAGUACUGGAUACUUACAUUGGAUGAUUAUGCCAGACAUGGGGCAUCUUGUUGCAUCGUGCUACAAUAUUGUGUUAUACCACUUGUCAUUACAGCAAUGUCUCGCCUAUUUACCUCUUAAAACAGUGCCAGUACCUCAACUUGAUAGACGUGAGAUUGCCAUUGGGUUUGUCAACGGAAAUCAUUUCGUCCAGGUUUUGUUGCAACCAGACCAUCCAGUUCCUCCUAUAGCCACUGAUUGGUGA